UGGUACAGUAAAAAUGCAAAUUUAUUAAAAACCGUUGAGGACUGUGAUAAUAAUAAUAAUAAUAAUAAUAAUAAUAAUAAUAGGGUUAACUUUAAAAUCUACACCUGGGGUAUACGCGCAUACAUUAUGGACAUGUGGCAUUUAUUGGAUUUCAUUAUGAAUUCCAUGUACAUCUCGACCAUAGCCAUGCGUACCGUGGCCUACGUUCGCGUACGGGUGUACGAUGAGCCACGAUUUGUCAGCCGCGAACAAUGGGACUCUUUCGAUCCGAUCCUCGUGUCCGAAUGUCUGUUUGCCGGGGCCAAUAUCGUGUCCACACUGAAAUUGGUCUACGUGUUCACCAUCAAUCCCCAAUUGGGUCCGCUACAAAUCUCACUCGGACGUAUGUUGAACGAUAUCUUCAAAUUUUUCUGUGUCUACGUUCUUGUGAUUGUCGCGUUCGCGUUCGGACUGAAUCAGCUGUUCUGGUUCUACGCGAACAAUCGAGCUCGCAAUUGUCGCCACCACGAAAAUUUCACAAGCAAAUCUUAUGAGCAAUUUUCUCUCCCACCGAAUUGCUUUAACCAUUUUCAACGUUCCAGCCUCUUUGAAAUCGCUCAAUCCUUGUACUGGUCCACAUACGGCCUGAUUGAUCUGACCAGUUUCAACCUGGAAUAUCCACAUGCGUUUACGGAAUUUGUUGGAAAGCUGACAUUCGGUGUGUAUUCCUAUAUCGCUUUCAUUGUCCUCCUGAACAUGUUGAUCGCGAUGAUGAACAGUUCAUACGAACAGAUUGUGGUAAGUCACGUGACUGGCUUGACAGUUAUCGAUUUCCUGCCGCACUUCCUCGCUACUCCCCGCACAAUCCCUCGGAAUGAAACGCCACAAGUGUUCUUUUGUUUUUUACUUCCAGCCGGAAGUCGAUUCAAUUCAGUCCCGAUCAGUCUUCAUAGGACAAAUUGUGGCUCUCGUCAAUACAGCUCUCAGUUCUUUGUAUUGUCAACGUGGUUUUGGUUUACAACAUCACAUUUGAAAAUGUUUUUUUUCGCUAUUACUGCGGUCCUAAUAAUCAUAUCUAGUUUCCAGUCCCAAGAUGUCUUCACGGGCUUCACGGGCAUCGGGAACACAAAGGGUUGUUUUAUCGUUUCAUCAGUGGGAAACUGGAAGCAUUCCACUGAUGUCGAUUCGCACAGUGCUCUGAUUGCCUAA